GCGGUGCAGUGUGUGUAUCAGGAGAGAGGAGAGCGAGAGACGUAGCAGUCAGUGCAAUGGGAUAGAGGAGAGCGAGGAGGCGGAGGAGCAGAGUGAAUGAGUGCUGCUGGAUCUGCCUUGCCUUUGCCUUUGCCUGCGUGCCUGGCUGCCUGUCGUCUUUCUGGAGCUGGAGUAUACCACCGCGCCACGACACACUGACACAGAGCAGACCCACGGCCCAUUCUCACCAGCCACGCACACCUCAGCAGCACCGAUUUAUCCACCAUCUGAAAGAAAACCCUCAGAGGUUUAGCUCACCAGGCUUUCACUGUCAUCAGCAGCACUGAAGCGGCCUGACGCCACUAUUUAGGCACCAGCUGCUACCAAACUACAUCUCCCUCCAUCUCAUCCUUUCCUCAUCAACGCCACCUCGACUCUCCUCUCCUCUCGCUCCUCCCUAUGCCCUUGUCCUCGGCGGCUCCUCUCACCUCCCUGGCCAGUAUAUGGAUAGAAGCUCCCUGUUUCAGCUCAUACAAGAGCAGUUGGACCCAGAGAACACCGGUUUCAUCCCAGUGGAGAACUUCACCAGCUUGGUGGAGCACCAUGAACUGCAGCUUGACCCGUCCAAAUUGGACAUGCUGUUAGCACUCGUCCACAGCAAUGAGGAGGGACAGGUGUGCUACCAGGAGCUCAUUGAGCUGAUGAGCAGCAAACGCUCCAGCAGUUUCCGACGUGCCAUCGCCAAUGGGCGUCGCACCCUGCAGAGGGAAAUCCUGCUGGACGAGACGGGCCUUGGGCUUUACAAGCGUUUUGUCCGUUAUGUGGCCUACGAGAUCCUGCCAUGUGAGACGGACCGACGCUGGUACUUCCACCAAAACCGCCUUUGUCCUCCGCCCAUCUUCAUUGCAAUUGUCACCAUCGUUCAGAUAAUUGUGUUCAUGUGCUAUGGCAUCAUGCUCAACAAGUGGGUUCUGCAGACCUACCAGCCAGACUUCAUGAAGAGCCCACUGGUCUACCAUCCAGGUCACCGUGCACAAGUGUGGCGAUUCUUCAGCUACAUGUUUAUGCAUGUUGGAUUAGAGCAGCUGGGAUUUAAUGCUUUGCUGCAGCUGAUGAUCGGUGUUCCUUUAGAAAUGGUCCAUGGCAUCUUACGGAUAAGUUUACUCUACAUGGCAGGAGUCCUGGCCGGCUCGCUGACGGUGUCCAUCACAGACAUGCGUGCUCCAGUGGUGGGGGGCUCCGGGGGGGUCUACGCUCUGUGCUCAGCGCAUCUGGCCAAUGUUGUCAUGAACUGGGCCGGGAUGCGCUGUCCAUACAAGCUGCUCCGCAUGAUCCUGGCACUGGUUUGCAUGAGUUCAGAGGUAGGCCGUGCAGUCUGGCUCCGGUUCUCUCCACCGCUGCCAUCCUCGGGCCCCCAGCCCAGCUUCAUGGCCCACCUGUCGGGGGCCGUGGUCGGCAUCAGCAUGGGGCUGCUCAUCCUGCGCAGUUACGAGGAAAGUCUGCAGAAGCAGUGCUCAUGGUGGGUCAUCGUCUUCUCCUUCAUCACUUUCCUCCUCUUCGCCAUCUUCUGGAACAUCUUCGCCUAUGAGCUCCUCGGGGUACAGAUCCCGCCUCCCCCCUGAUGAAGGCCCCCCCCCCUGCUGCUUUUCAUUUUAAUCUCGAUUUUCUCCAAAGUUAUACCCAAAUGAAAUCAUUCAAAAAACCAACAAGAAUUCUUUUUUUACAGAUACUUUGCAAAUCAAAGAAAUCUUUCUCUUUUAUUAAAGAGGGAUUACAGUAGCAACAAGUACAGGUAAAGAUUCCUCAGAUACAUUUUGAGGAGCAUUCUGUCUUUUUUAUGAAAAAAAAAUACAUACAGAACUUCAUCCACAUCAACUCAUCAUUUGUUUUUCUUUUGCUUCAUUCAUACAAAGACCUCAAAUAAGAAGAUGCUGAGAUCAUCAUAUGUGCCUCUGGUGGGGAAAAAAAUGUUCUGUACGAUCGGCAGCUGCGGUGCUCCUUAAAGUUAAAGGAGUUACUGAACCGGAAAUCAGAAUCUGCAGGAAAGAAUUUCUGGACGAGCUUUUUCUUUUUUCUUUUUCGGAAGACAACAUUAAAACUAAACCCAAAAGCUGCAGUGAUGUAUUAUAGUUAGUGUUGUCCUGCUGUAGCUCAAUGGGGUCCCGUGGCUCUUUUUCUCUAAGCUGCUUGCACAUCAAACUGAAAAACGCAACAAAUACUCAGAGAGAGGACCUGAAAAUCUCUAGAGCAGUUCCAUGCUUUUAUUUUGAUCUGUAUUAAACUUAAAGAUUGGAGGUGCACUGAGAAAUUGACUGCAGACUGGAAUCAAUCCGCUGUCAGUCAAAUCCUUGAAAAUCUGUUGUUUAUUUUCAAUUUCUUCAUUCUCUACUACCUCUAUCAACAAAACCCAACCAAUAUUUUAUGAUACAUGUCCUAAAAAAUAACAAUUGUGAUAGGUCAGAUAUAAAACCAGCAGGUAUGACCUGCAGGAAAACUGGAAAUAGGUAUCACCAGUAGCAGGUUGAUGGGUGCAUCUCCACUAAAGAAACUCUUAGUUGACUUUAUCAGUUCAUCUAGACAACAUAUCUCUGCAUUUUUUCUUUGUCAUGACACCUACACUGUGGAUACAGAGAACAGUUCACACACAUGCAGACACACAUCCUUAGCGCAAAGAGACAAAGUUAGAGAAGACUGAGACCAGAGAGAAGAGGCAGUCCAUCACUUCAGCAACUGAACUCCUCUCAUUGAUGCGCAGACUUCAAGUUUGUACCUGCUCAGUCCGCCAUGUAAAAUAUGCCAUGUCACGCUCUGUUGGUUUUGGAACAAGAACACGCACACACGCUGUUCUCCGAUCUAUGUUUGAGAGUAACUGCUGCCUGAUUCUGUCGGUUAACGCGGGUGAACCGACAACACACAUGAAAACAAUACGCGUGGUUGCCUCAGCCAUGUUCUCUCACUCAAAAAAAAAAAAAGAACUGCGAUGGGCGAAGACUUUUUACCAUCUGACCUCUGACCUGCGGGGUUACGGCAUCAGGCCAAGUUAAUACCUCAGUUUCUCAUUGUUUUUAGGGACUAUACAUUUGUAAAAGGAAUGUAAAUGUAAAAAGAAAAAAAAGCAAAGGUGUUAUUCUGUUGUCCCUGUUUUUUUUUUUUUAUAUAGUGGAUGUGUUUCCUGUAUGCUCUCAACCAAGACUAUAUUUAUUUGUAUUUUCCCCCUUUGAAGGGGAAAGGUGGAGACAUUUCAAAUGGUGCAAAAUAACUAGGAAGAUUGUGCUGAUAAAUCCUGUAUGACUUUGAUCCUCAAAAAAAAAAAAAAAGGGCGGGGUUGGUUUAUUAGGCAACAACCAAUAAGAUUUUAUAAAUUUUCAGUUAGUGCUUUAUGUGAUAAGCCAUAGGGAAGAAUAACAGUAUGGAGGGUCAAAAGUGCCACAGUUUCAUAUGUAAAUUAAUAAAUUUGUAAUUCUUUAUGUAAAUGGCAAUUAGAAAUAAACUCACUAAAUAAAGGAAUCUAUUCUUUGUUAAUUAUAUGGGCUAAUAAGUAUCAAAUGAUAUAAUAGAAUAAGUAAAAAUAAUAAAAGAAAAAAGUCAAUUGUUUAUACAUAUUGCUCUUUAUUGUAUGUUUUUGCCCAAAUAAGCACUUGCAAAUAUAUUAAUAAUUCAAUGAGUGGGUCUAAACUUCCAUAGAUUUUCUGAUGUUUGGGUGUAAACCUGCCAGAGUGUUUAAAUUAUUUCAUGGCACUCUGAAAAUAAAUAUUCAAAUAACUGCACGUUAAUUUUAAUGGUUAAUGGCAUCAAAUCUAUAAUUAUAAAAGUCCACACUUGAUAUCUGUUUUUGCUUUUAUUUUUUUUACCUGUUUUUACAUCUAUUGGUGAGUUUAUACAUUUUUUGACACACUUUAAUUGACUUUAUGCUUUUAUUAGAAUAUAUACGAUUGUUUUAUGAUAUAAAGUUAAUAAUUGUUUAAAGAUAAAUAUUAAUGAUUAUAAUUUAAUGGAUUGUAGAACCUCAGUUCCUUUCAUGAGGAGGUCCAAUGUGCCAAAUAUUAAUAAUUAAAUUGUUUUAUCACGGCUAAUAUGUUGCAUCAAUUUAUACAUGCAUACAGAUAAAUGAAUUUGAUCAUACUAAUUUUUUACAUAUUUAGAUUUUUUUGACACUUUUUGACACUUUUAGAAAUUAUUUGUUGUUUAGUUAAAGAAUACAAAAUAAACAAAUUAAGAGUCAAUCAGUUGGUGGGAAUGAACACAAUUUUAAGUAUUGCAAGGCGUAAUAAAAAACUGAAAUACAACUAUAUGAUUUCAAUAUAUGAAAUGUUUAAUUGAUUGCAACAUUCAACCAUUUAAUAGCCCUUUAAUGCUUUAAAUUAUAAGUGAAUAGAUUUAUUUAAUUAUAUAUUUUGUUUCUGAUUCUCCCUAAGUUCAGAAAAAUAUAAAUAAUAUUUGAAUCAUGUCACAUAUUAAUUGGAGUGUGGGACUUUUUUCCCUUUAUAUAACCAAUGAUGAAGGGUUUUUGAUUUGGUUCUGUUGAAAAGGCUUUAUAGAAAUGAAGAGUGUGUGUUUGACCAUAAAUGAUGUGAAAUUAAUUUCUUUUGUUCAUGUCUGUGAAGCUCUGGACUGUUUAAGAUAUUUCCAUGUAGCUAAAUUUUAUGUUUUUUUAUUUUUUUUUUUUUUUUACUUCCUGUUUAUAAAGUUGUAGUCAAUUCAG